GGAUGCCAGACUUGCCACUUCAUUCUUGAAAGAAAUAUCUAGUUACUUCUCAUUGGUCUCAAUUACUUCACGGUACUGACAGAGUAACGUGAGCCUAGGAUUUGCACAUCAUCUAUUAGCAGCCUUCUACACAGUACACACCCUUGUUGGCCUGCCUUUGAUCUUCACCAAAGAACCUCUCGCUGGUUUUUGGAAUUCGACAUCAGGAAGAGCUUAGGGUGAAGACUGAAGAGUUGGGACUAGACAAACUAGCCAGCCAUUAGCCCUCUCAACAGUAAACUGAAACUAGUUGCUUAGCACCCCCGUUCACUCCGAGGCCAUUCAACGGCCAUUCCACGAGGGAUUGCCCGCAACAGACCAUAUCUCUUCUCCUCAAACCUCCAUCGUCCGUGCAGAAGUAUGCUCUUUUCUCACGCAUCCUCUACAACUUUCAUGUCCACUAUCCUUGCUUUUUUUCUGUUCCUCUUCUUUCUAUUAUGGAUAGUAAGAAGAGCCCAAAUAACUCCUCGUAAAACAACACUUCCACCAGAAGCUGGUGGCGCCUGGCCUUUGAUUGGCCACCUCCACCAAUUACGAGGGACAAAACCAGCCCAUAUAACAUUGGGUAACAUGGCCGAUAAGUAUGGAUCAAUCUUCACUAUCCGACUCGGCGUACAUCGUACUCUCAUAGUGAGCAGUUGGGAGAUUGCUAAAGAGUGCUUCACCACCAAUGACAAAGUCUUUGCCAGCCGUCCAAAAGCUAUAGCUUCAGAACUCAUGGGCUACAACUAUGCCUUGUUUGUGCUUAGCCCUUACGGUCCUCACUGGCGCCAAAUGCGUAAAAUAGCUACCGUCGAGGUCCUCUCAAACCACCGCCUUGAGAUGUUCAAAGACAUCCGAGAGUCUGAAGUAAAUACAUCUAUAAAAGAGAUAUACGAGCUCUGGGUCAAGAACAACAACGUGCUGGUAGAGAUGAAGAGAUGGUUUGGGUCCCUAACCCAAAAUGUAUUAUUUAGGAUGGUUAUUGGGAAACGAUUUGAUGGGACUGCAACCAAGAAUGAGAAUGAAUGGAACGAUCAAUCCCGGAAGACAUUAAAAGAUUUCUUUCAGUUGAGUGGUACGGUUGUGGUAGCAGAUGCGCUUCCUUACCUAAGGUGGUUGGACUUGGGAGGGUACGAGAGAGCAAUGAAGCGAACUGCAAAAGAAUUUGAUGUUGUGGUUGAAGGUUGGUUAGAAGAACAUAAGCAAAGGAAGGUUUCCGGUGAGGCAAAGGGACACAAAGACUUUAUGGAUGUGAUGUUGUCUAUUGUUACUGACAACGAAGAGAACUCCAAUCAUGAUGCUGAUACAAUCACUAAAGCUACAUGUCUGUCCCUUCUCGUAGCGAGCGCAGACACAAUAGCAACAACAUUAACAUGGGCUCUGUCUCUACUUCUUAACAAUCGGGAAGCUCUAAAGAAAGCACAACAAGAGAUAGAUGUCCAGAUUGGGAGGGAGAAGCAAGUAAAGGAAUCAGAUACGAAAAACUUGGUCUAUCUCCAAGCUAUCUGCAAAGAAUCAAUGCGUUUACACCCUGCCGCAUCGCUAUCUGUCCCACAUGAGUCCACGAAAGACUGUACUUUGGCUGGCUACCACAUUCCAGCAGGCACGCGACUCCUUGUUAAUUUUUCAAAAAUCCAUCGAGACCCACAUGUUUGGUCUGAUCCAAAUGAAUUUCGGCCAGAAAGAUUCCUUACAACCCAUAAGGGUAUUGAUGUUAGGGGCCAGCAUUUCGAAUUGUUACCAUUUGGUGCCGGCAGAAGAGGGUGCCCGGGAACUUCAUUAGCGUUACAGGUUAUGCAACUUACACUUGCCACCUUGUUGCAGGCUUUUGAAAUUGCAACCCCGUCAAAUGAGCCCGUGGACAUGACCGAGAAAGUUGGACUUAUCAAUGAGAAAACCACACCAGUUGAAGUCCAUCUCACUCCACGCCUUCCUACUCAACUAUAUGCAUGGUUUGAUUAGAUAUUUGAUAACUAAAAUGCGAACUACACAUAAUGAGUAACGCUAUUGAGUAGACUGUUCUACGGCUGCUAUACAAUUAGGAUAACGUGACAGUAAAAUCAGACGGAUCCUAUGGCUGACUUUUACUUCCACACUAUUAAGUUAUAUGGCAGUCGUAUAACAAUUUAUUAAAUAAAAUUAAUCUUUCAUAAUUAGUGUGCGCAAGAAUUAUCCCUUAUGUUUUUCAUUUUACAUUUUGGGUUAUUGGGGUGUGCUUAUGUGUUACGUGACAAGAAUCGUACACGAUCAAAGGGAAGUAAGAUAUAGGCAUGCAAUAAAAGGACUCCAGGAAUAAUAGCUUAUCUUCCCAGUAGAAUUCUAGAAUAAGAAGAUAUAUAUCUCCUCGAUUAGUAGUUUUAGUAGUAAUAGUAUUUAUCAAUAUAUGUAGUUGAAAACCCAAUGUAUUAAUUCAUCAACUAUGCUCUUAUCACAAUGUCUUGUAAUGCUUAUUUAAGUUGUAGAUUGAUGAAUAAUAUUACCAAUUAUCAAUAUUCAACUAUUCAAAUGUUUGGGAGGUCCUGGGUUGUACCACCCCUAAGAUCAAUCAAUUUAUUUAAUUUACUUGGGGUGUUACUAACAAGACUCUACACUAAUUAAUUUGUAAUUAAUUAGCUGGUUGUAUUACCCUGAACACAACUUGUCAAAGUAAAUCAUAUAGCGGAAAGCGGAAUAAAAAUGUUAUGAUCAGUUAAUACUAAAAUAUCUUCAACAAAUCAACGUCUAUCAUCGAACAUAAACAUAGAGCUCCCAAAAGAGUCAUUAACUUUGUUUUUUCAACUCAACAAAAUACUCUCAUCUACAGAUCAAUCUAGCAAACCUAUUAAUUCUUACCAAAUCUCACUUCAUCUUAUACAUAAAAUUUCAGUAACUCUUACCAAAUCACUCAAGUCUAAAUUUAAGAAUAACCAAUUCAAUUAAAGUUAUCUUGAUGAGAUAUUUCAUAUCGCUUUGAUUAAAUCAAAUGAUUAUGGGUUUCAUCUUAAGAGUGGUGUUCCUACAAUGCUACCAGUGAUUAUCCAACACACCGAGAUUUUGAACAUGAAAUCUAUCUCACUCUCAAAUGUACCAAAGUAACAUCCAUUUCAUUUUUGAGUUCAUAACUAUUUCAGAAUUGAGAAUUAAUGCUAUAAGUAAUCGUGAGUUUCACAUUAUUCCUUUGAUAGUGUUAUAAAUGAAUAACAACUCACAUUGCACUGUAUCUACUCCAACACAUCAAUCCGAAUUCUCCACUUCACAUAAU